AGAAAGCGUCGCUUAACAUAUUACUCUCAUCUGAGUUUCUUGAUCAUUUUCUCUCCGCCUGAUUUAGACGAAUGAUUUAAAAACAAUGCAUUUUAACAUUACUUUUUAUAUGUUGCUUGUUAUGGUAUACUUUCUAACUACGUGGCCUGAUCGAGUCAGGAAAGGAGGUCGUGCUUAGCAGUGAGAAAUUAGUAGCCUAUUAGUAGCAGCAGUGUUGGUAUUAGUUCAGUCCAGGAGGGGCUAAGCUUCAAGCCAGGUCAGUGAGCUGGUCCUGGUUGUUCACAUUAUCGUAUAAUUUCACUCGAGGUGAAGAAGGGAGAGGUUUUUGUAUCAAUAAUGGACACUAUUCUGGAUAAUUUUUCAAAUACUGAAUUUAUUAGAGUUUGCGUUCAGGAUCCAAGGCUUCAUAAAGAUGACCGCUGGCACACCCAUGUUGACUACGAGAUCUGUUUACAUACUAAUAGCAUGUGUUUUCGAAAAAAGACCUCCUCUGUGAGACGGCGCUACAGUGAGUUUGUUUGGUUGCGUCACUGCCUGGAACAGAACGCUUUCAUAAUAGACUUGCCUAAAUUGCCACCCUGGAACCCUUUCUUCAGUCUGAAGAACACAGAACAAGUCAUCCAGAGGAUCAAGGGUCUGCAGAAGUUUUUAGAAAUUGUUCUUCAUACACCCUUGUUGUUAUCUGACAGUCGGCUCCAUCUGUUCCUCCAGUCAGACCUUAGCAUUACAAAGAUUGCAAAGUGUGCUGUUGGUAAGACCAGGUACACGGUAGCUGAAGCCAUUCAGCGUUCAAGAACUGGUUGUAUCAGAUCAGAAGAAAAGGUUUCAUGUGACUCUGACUGUGAAAGCACUUCAUCGUCAGGCUUGGGACUAAGUGUUGACACUUCUGAGCGAGGUAGCCCCAUCUUCUUUCAGUCUGAUGGAGAACCAGAACCUUUUUGUUCUUUUUCUGAGACUACCAGCCCACUUACUGAGUACUAAUGUAAAGACAUGACACUGUACUCUUCAUCUUUUUCUUGUGGAUGUAUAGGUCAUCUUUGCAUUAAUGUGUCUAACACGUCAUUGAACUCUUGCUAUUGUUAACCUUUUUUUUUUUUUUCUUUUUUUUUCUUUUAAACUUCUGUUAACAUCAGUGUGACCCUUUUGAAAACGUUUUAAUAACUUGCCUCGUCUCCUCUGCAAUUGGUACCAUUUAAGUAUCAUGUACUUAAAAAAAAAAAGAAAUCAUGUUUUAAAAAAAAAAAGUGUAAAAACUGACAUUCUUAUUUCCAAUGUGUACUUUUUUUAAUCACUGCACUAAAAUGUACUAAGGUUGGCAAGAGUUGUUUUGCAUUGUAGACUUUUUUUAAAGGAAAAUAUUUGAGAAUACUUUUUAUAAGUUGUCAAUGCAUAAAUAAAUGGCCUCUUUUUUUUGAAGAAAAACUCAGAUCUUCCAUACUGUACUUUAUCUCUUUUAAUUUGUAGAAAACCUGAAGUUCCUGCUCCUGUAUACUUUGUAUAUAUUUGUUUUGUGACCUGUCACUUGUCCCAGUGUUCAGUACAAUAGUCUGUACUGUUUGAACAGUCCAGUAGAGGGAGUGUAGACAUCACACCACCCAGAGCUUGAGUAAAUAGUGGUGUGAGAGGAAGGAACACACGUCUGACUUAAAUGUGCCGAUCAUAUCAAUUGUGUGCAUGGUAUGAAAUACUGUUAUUUUGGGUACAAACUAUAGCAUUUCUACUCGUAUAGCUUAUAAGUUGCACACAGCCUUAAAGCUUUUUAUUUUUUUUCUCUUGUUUGACAUUUUCCAGAUAAGGACAUCUAGUUGCACUGGCUAAAUUUUAAUGUUUACCUGCUAUACACUGUUACACAGCUGUGCCUCCCAGGACAGGAAAACUGGGUUAUUAAACCUUAGCCAACUUUGUGUACACUUGUUAAGAACUCCCUAAAUCUCAGAAAGUUUUCAUAAUGUUUAUUUCCACCAUUUAUCAAAACUGUAGCCAGAUGAUUGCAAAUGAAUAUACAUGUUAAAUCUAAAGUAUUAUCAGUGCUGGGCAUGAAGCGGCUCAGAGUUUGUCACGUUUCAACCUUGUGUCACAGUGUUCCCAGGUGAGGUUGUCUAAUUAAAGGUCGAUGGCAAAUUAA